CUGGAAUGUGGUGACGUAUCAAGCAUAAUGGAGUCCAACAAGAAGCCCUCAGAUUUGUACAGUGCUCGAGCAAAGACACUCGGUGACACUGGACAAUAACACUACAAGGAGAAUAUUCCCCUUGGGUUUUCCUCGGGGAGGCAGCAAAGCUUAAUGAGUGCAAAUUACGCAUGGGGAAGAAGAAGAAGAAGAAGAAGAAGUAUGGGAAUAAAAGCUGGAGUGGAAGAAAGAAAAAAAGGAAAGAAAACGGAAGUCCGCAAAACUUUGUUUCUAAUAGAAGUCACAAGUUGUGGUUGGUAUGAGAGAAGGGAAGUGCCCCCGUCUACAGCCUCGUCUGCGCCGCGCGCCGCGCCUCCGUCCGUCGCCGUUUGCGCGCUCCACCGUCACCAAACCAAUGCGCCUGGCGCGUCCGCGUCCAAAUGGAUUUACCGGAGUCGUUCAGGAGUCCGCACGUGAGUCUCUCCUGAGAUCGGCACCCCAGUGCGACGAACGACGACAGCACUGAGCAGCGGCAAUACAUCUACACCCAGCGGGGUUCCCUUCUUUUCUUUUUGUUCCUUUUUCUUAAUUUAACGAGGACAAGGAAUCCCCAUGGCAGACACACGGACGUUCAACGUCGUGAUCCUGGGUGUGGGAUUCUUGUUCAUCUUCACCGCGUUCACCACUUGUGGCAACGUUGAACAAACUGUGGUGAAAAGCCUGGGCAACGACACUUUCGCCGGUAGUGGGUACCACAGUCUCGGAAUCAUCUAUGGCGUCUUUUCGUUCGCAAAUCUACUCGCACCAACCGUCGUUACGGUGCUCGGACCGAAGAUGUCGAUGUUUUUAAGUGGCCUGCUCUACAGUGGGUACAUCGCUGUGUUCAUCGUCCCUUCCACGUGGUCCUUUUACUUCACCUCUGUCCUCAUCGGCGUAGGAGCAGCUAUGCUGUGGACGGCCCAAGGACACUUCCUGGUGGAAAACUCCGAGGCCUCCACUAUCAACAGGAACACGGGGAUGUUCUGGGCUCUCUUACAGUGCAGCAUGUUGUUUGGCAAUCUCUACAUUUACUUCGACUGGAAUGGAAGGACAGAGAUAUCAGACGGCAGCAGGAAAAACAUCUUCCUGUCCCUGUUGGUCACCUCCAUACUCGGCACGCUCACCUUCCUGGUGUUGAGGAGGAGCCAUCACGAAGAGGAGAUGCUCUCCGAAGAGGAAGGACGGACGCUGCUCUCGACCCGCACAAUGUAUAAGCACCGGGCGAGCAGUGCCAUGCAAGACGCCAGGUCAGAAUUCAAAACUACCCUGAAACUUCUGAAGACCAAAACUAUACUGCUCCUGAGUCCCUGCAUGGCGUACAGCGGCCUGGAGCUCUCUUUCUACAGCGGGGUGUACGGGACAUGUAUCGGCGCAACGGCGCAGUUUGGAGAAGCUGCCAAAGGCUUGAUUGGGAUCUCUGGGAUCGUGGUAGGCAUCGGAGAAAUUGUGGGCGGAGGCUUUUUUGGACUGUUGUGCAAGAACAACCGCUUCCGACGGACCUCUGUGGUGUUUCUGGCGAUGGUCGUCCACUUUGUUGCUUUCUAUUUGAUCUUCCUCAACAUCCCAGACGACGCUCCUGUUGUCUUUCAGACCAACACCCAAAAGACCCCGUAUCUAACUCCAAGCGUCUCCAUUGCCCUGCUGUGCAGCUUCUUGCUCGGACUUGGGGACAGUUGUUUCAACACACAGCUCUACAGCGUAUUAGGCUGUGUUUAUGCUGAGCACAGCACGCCCGCGUUUGCCAUCUUCAAAUUCAUCCAGUCUGUUUUUGCAGCAGUGGCGUUCUUCUACAGCGGCUACGUGCUAUUGAUGUGGCAGCUGCUGCUGAUGAUCAUCCUGGGCUUCACUGGAACACUGUGCUUCUUCGUGGUGGAGCGGAUGCAGAACUUCUCUGUCGAUUUGCAGGAAUAUUAGAAAGACGCCGUUGUUGACAUCGACACCGAUUGUUCUGUCGGACAGAAAAACAAUCUUGCAUCUUUUAUUUCAUGAGGGGUUAUUUUAAAAUCUCCCUUUACACCUUAAUGCACUGAAGGUCACACACAUUUGGACAAUAUUUACCCUUUAUGCCAGCUGCCUUAAAAAAAAAAAAUUCUAAUAGUAUUGCAUGGUUAUUGUUUUUUAUCUUGCACAUUUUCUCUUUUAAUUUCUCGACACUACAUUGUGUGAUUGCGCGUCAUUUACACUAUUUUUUUCUGCUGCACUUGGUCUGUAGGGUUGUAAAAAUAACAACUCGCUCAGUAUCUCCUACUUAAUCUGCAUUGCUUCCAGCUCAGGUUUGUUGUCCGUGUUGAAUAUAUUUUAUGCGUCUGUUUAUAGUUUAUCAGAAUGAUUGACAGUUUGAUAAAAAUAAUGCAAUAUUGUUCCUGUCAUUCUUUCAGAUGUUUUUUUAUUUUUACUUAUUAAUGCCUGACAAUCACUGUUCUUAACGUUUUUUGUAAAUUUUGCAUAUUAAUGUCAGUGUGUUUUCUUUUCUCUCCACGGUUUUGUGGAUCUUUGAUGAAUAAAAUGUUUUGCAUUUU